UGAUUUCCUCGGGGCGGUCUAGUGCUAGACUUGAUCCGACAACCCGAUGCUAUCUAUGUUCUGAUGAGCAUCCUCUUAAACCCCUUCCGCUGCUCUGCUUCGGCCCGAUGAUGCCGCCGCAGGCUCCCCGUGGCCGUGCUCUCUCCACGCUCCUCACCCGUCGCCUCAACAAGAAGUUUCGAUCUGCUCCCGCGAAACCCGCGCCGCCGAAUCCCCCGGUGGCUGUGUUCGUCCACAAGAUUUCCACCAUCCUCCGCUCCUCGCCUUGGCACUCCGCAUCCGCCGAGCUCCGCGAAUUCCCCAUACGAUGGGACUCCUUCACCGUCAAUCGCGUCCUCAAGACCCACCCACCCAUGGAGAAAGCCUGGCUCUUCUUCCACUGGGCCGCCCGCCUUCCGGGUUUCAAGCACGACCGGUUCACCUACACUACCAUGCUCGACAUCUUCGGCGAGGCAGGGCGGAUAUCCUCCAUGUGGCACGUAUUCCGGGAGAUGCAGGACAAGGGAGUGGUCCCGGACGCAGCUACCUACACCUCCGUCAUGCAUUGGCUCGCCAAAUCCGGCGAUCUGGAAGGAGCUGUGCGCUCGUGGGAGGAGAUGAGGGCGACGGGGUGUCGCCCGACGCUGGUGUCCUAUACUGCGUUCAUGAAGAUAUUGUUUGACCAUGGGAGGUCCGAUGAGGCGGCCGGCGUCUAUAGGGAGAUGUUGGAGAUUGGGCUCUCUCCUAAUUGCCACACCUAUACAGUGCUCAUGGAGCACCUGGCAGGAGUUGGUAAAUUUAAGGCUGUCCUUGAGAUAAUGAGUGAAAUGCAAGAGGCAGGAAUUGUACCUGAUAAAGCUGCAUGCAAUAUUCUCAUUCAGAAGUGUGCCAAAGCUGGAGAAACACUGGUAAUGAGACAAAUUCUCCAGCAAAUGAAGCAACACUCAAUAGUUCUUCGCCAUGCGGUAUUUAUGGAAGCACUAGAAGCUUUGAGACUGAAAAAUCAAUGUGAUCAUCUUCUUCGAGAAGUGAACCCUCAUCUUUCGUUUGAAGGCUGUGAAGAGGACUUAGACAAUCAAAGAACUCUUUCUGAUACAAAUUAUUUGGUCGAUAGGUCCAUAAUAAUUAAUCUUUUAGCAAACCAGAACUUUAUUGCUAUAGAGCACAUGCUCCAUGGGAUGAUUAGCAAGCAUAUAGAAUUUGACACUGAGCUCAUAUCUACUAUCAUUCAAGUCAGUUGUGCAUGUUACAAGCCCUCUUGUGCACUAGUAGCAUUCAGACACUGUUUGCAAAUUGGGACAGUUCUCAAUAGAGCUGCCUACAUCUCUCUUCUUGGCUUCUUCACCAGGGAGAAUGCAUUUCAGAUGGUCUUGGAGAUUGUUCAUGAAAUGGCCAAAACUGGCAUUAACUUUGGAACAUAUCUUGUUUAUCUCUUGAUAUAUAGGCUUGGCUGUGCAGGGCUCUGUAGUUAUGCGGAAAAUAUCUUUUAUUCUUUGCCAAUGGAGCAGAACAUUAUUACCUGUACAGCUCUUAUGGAUGCUUUUUUUCAAGCUGGUGAAACUGAGAAAGCUCUUGAUCUCUACUCAAAAUUAAGAACACAAAACCUUCCUAUCUCAUCUGGCACAUAUGAGGUGAUGAUACUUGGUCUACAAAGGUGCGGCAGAUUUGCUGAUGCAGAAGUUUGUAGGAAAGAGAAGAAGAAAAUUCGAGGGAAUAAAUAUUAUCAAGAUAAAAUAUCACUGGAUGAAAUUUUCUGUAAUUUCCUUUUUGAAGGGACUCCCAGUUAGGCAGCAUUUGAAUUACUGAGAAUAACUUGAGAAAUUGAAGUCUUGAGCAUUUUGUUGCUGCUAUUGCUACUGACUAGAAGAUAUCUCCUAAGAUCCAUUAGGAAAGCACUCGGAACUGGAUCAUGUAGCAACUGGAUACUAUAAGGUUUCAUAAACUGACAGAAACUCAAGAAG